AUGAAUUGGAAGACUGUCGAUCAGAUCAGACAAUGGAUAGACCACCGUGUGUUCUAUCAUGUCGCCCAGGAGACAGAUACAUAUGUCCUCUGGACAAUGUUAGAAGGAAUGUAUCAGUCGAAGACUGCUCGGAACAAAGCCUUGGUGAUGAGAAAGCUUGUAAAUCUAAAGUUGAAGAAUGAUGUGUCUGUCGCCGAACACACCAGUGAAUUCAAGAAUCUGGUGAAUCAUCUUGCAACCGUCAAGAUGCCCUUGGACGAUGAAAUUUUCUCUCAGCAACUUUGCACCAGAGGGGAAGCGACCAUGAGCAUAGUCACAGACGCCAUGUACAAUGAAGAGACAAUGAGGAAAGACAUAGGAGCUCUUCUACAACCACCAAAGGGCUUUUGCAAGUCCUUCUUUCCUAGCAAGGACCUUAAAAAGUUGCUGGAUCUACCAGUUUCUCGGCAGAGAGCUCCUCUGCUGUUAAACUUUAUCCCGACUUACAAGUCGGUGCUCCCCGACAUCCCAAAGAAUAAGAAAAGCAAGUCUUCAUCGUCUGCCACAACUCCUCCAGCAACCUCUUCAUAUGGGCCAGAUCAGGGGUCAACCUCUAAUUUAGCUGAGCAACCAUUGACCUUGGCUCCACAGCUGAUCCCACCAUCUCAACGCCAACGCCGACACCGAGUUGCAGUUGUUAAGAUGGGCCACAAAAAAGCCGUUGCUGAUGAUCUUCUGGCCAACAUCCCCGACGCUAUAAUUACUCAACCAUCUCAGCCUCAACCAAAGCCAAAGCCCAAGAGACUGAAAAAGGCCCAGUCCAAGGCAAUGAGCGAGAAGACCCCCACCACUGCGGAGAAGAGGUCUGCCGAGGCUAAACCAUCCCCUUCAACUCGGUCGAAGAGGCCGAGAUCCGAGUCGGCCACCACCUUGGGGACCAUCAAAUCAGAUGCUCCCUGGGCUCCCAAAAUUACCAUCAAGGACAAGCCGGUGAGAGCUGGUGACAGCGCCGAUGACAUUGAAGUCGGCGUUGCACUCUCUACCGCCUUGCUCCUUCCACAAGAUCUCAAUCGUAACGCCGAGAUGAGCGAGUACGAAAAUUUUGUUCUAUCGUUGCAACACUCUGUGCAAGCGAUCCGGCAUUGCCACUCCUUUGCUUUGCAAGCCUUCAAUAUAAAGAAGGAGUUGACAAAUAAAACCAAAGAGGCUGCAAACUCACAAAGGGCUCGUAACAAGGCCGAGGGCAAACUGAAGGCCUUGAUAGAUCAGGCUGAGGUCGCCAAGAAGGCUCAGGAUGAAGCCGAGGAAAAGACUGACGUUGCGGAGGCCAUUGCCAAGGUCCUUGCGGCCGAAAAGAAAGAGGCCGAGGCAAAGAUGGUCGAGACCCAAAAAGAGCUUCAAGAUGCCCUGGCCACAAAAAAGGCCGAGAUCAAAGUGGCUGAUAAGAAGGCGUACGCCGAGGGGGUAGCCGAUGUUAAAGAGGACUAUAUGAAACAAGUGAAGCAGGAAGCUUUGGUCAGGAAGAAGAAGGACGCUACUAGGGCCACGUCCCUUGCUCUGAAUGAGCAAGUUGUAGACUUGUCUCAAGAUGAGGAGGGUGAGGUUUCCAAAGACGCCACUCCUGAGAAGACAACAUCGGACGUGCCCAUCGCCGAGAAGAGCAUCGACCAGACUCUCCAAGAGAUCGAUGCCGAGCUCGCGGCUGAGAAGGCUGUCGAGGAAAAUUCUCAAAUGUCUUCUGAGCCCCAUACCCAGCCAGCCAACGACGCUGAAUAG